AUGGGAAAUUGCAUGGAGACAUACAUUACGAGACCAAUUGAGAUGCAACAUAAAAAAGAAGAAGAAGAAGAAACAACAACAUCAAUUAAUGAUAAUAAAGGGAAAAAUGGUGUAAGCAUGAAAAUUGUGCUAACAAAAGAAGAGCUCAAAUGGCUAUUAUUUCAACUCAACGAGAAAGGUGGGAUGAAAGUAGAACAAGUGCUUGAAGAAUUAGAGAAAGGUAGACAAAAAAUUGAAGGAUGGAAACCCUCUUUAGAGAGCAUCGUCGAAGCCCCUGAAAUGCUUGAGAUCAAUUGA